GGCAACUCUGUAUAAAUGUCUACUAUUCUGGGAUAGGAGCACUGGGAAAGCACAUGACCGACGCGCGGUGAUGACAAUCACCAACGCCUAGCCACCUUCUCAUUUGCAGUUCUGUGCGCGGUCUGUAAAGAUCCGAAACCAAGAAGUCUGCCAUAUUCUUCGAGGAAAUAUUUAAAAGUAAUUAAACACAAACAUGUCUCUCGCCGAUCCAGUUGCUUUUAUGAAAGAUUUCCUCGCUGGAGGUAUCUCAGCCGCUAUUUCGAAAACAUGUGUAGCUCCAAUCGAACGUGUAAAAUUGCUUUUGCAAGUACAACACAUUUCCAAACAAAUUUCUGCUGAUCAACGUUAUAAGGGUAUGGUAGAUUGCUUUGUACGUAUUCCUAAAGAACAAGGUGUACUUGCAUACUGGCGUGGUAACACCGCUAACGUCAUCCGUUAUUUCCCCACACAAGCACUUAACUUUGCCUUCAAAGACAAAUACAAGCAGAUCUUCUUGAGUGGCGUAGACAAAAAAACACAGUUCUGGCGUUACUUCUUAGGAAACUUAGCUUCUGGUGGUGCUGCCGGAGCCACAUCUCUCUGCUUCGUAUAUCCUCUUGAUUUUGCCAGAACCAGGUUGGCUGCUGAUGUUGGUAAAGGAGCCGGUGAACGUGAAUUCAGUGGAUUGGGCAACUGUUUGGUUAAAAUUUUCAAAGCUGAUGGUUUGGGAGGUUUAUACCGUGGUUUUGGUGUAUCUGUACAAGGUAUCAUCAUUUACCGUGCCGCUUUCUUCGGUUUCUAUGAUACUGCUAAAGGUAUUUUACCUGAUCCUAAGAACACACCUAUCAUCAUUUCAUGGGCUAUUGCACAGACUGUCACCACUGUUGCCGGAAUUAUCUCGUAUCCCUUCGACACUGUCCGUAGGCGUAUGAUGAUGCAAUCUGGACGUAAGAAGGCCGAAGUUGUCUACAGAAGCACAGCUCACUGUUGGGCCACCAUUGCCAAGACUGAAGGAGCCGGCGCCUUCUUCAAGGGAGCCUUCUCCAACAUCCUUCGUGGUACUGGUGGAGCCAUUGUACUGGUUAUGUACGACGAAAUUAAGAAUUUAAUAAUGUAAAUUUUUGUUUUUCAUUAAUUCAGGGAUCGCGUAAUUUUAUCUACACUCCACUUUAGGAAAAUAUUAGCAAAAUUUGAAAAGCGACUCCCGGCCGCGCUCUUUCAAACCAUUCCGGAAGGAGGCCGACUAUCUUGAAGAUGGUUCAGCUGUCACCUCCAUCCAUUGUUGAGCGCGGCUCGGAGAACCAUGUAAAUAGCUGUAAAAUUAUUUAUUUCCAAUCUUAAUUUUGAAUUUAUCAUAAGAAACUUUUCGAUCCUUCGCCCGGGCGAAAUUCUCCGGACUCUUUUUGUCAAACAGUAUCGCAAAUUAUGCGAUUUUUUUUCGUAAUUUCCUCGUAGAUUUUAAAUUGUAAUACCUUUAAACGUGUACGAAUUGAUCGUUAUACGGUUGUUUAUUUUCAUUACAUGUAAAAGAAGUAAUUAUUUAAAUAUCGUUUCAUCAUGAUCAUGGUGGUUAAUAAAAAACAAAAAAACAGGA